CCACGGUCAAGAGCGCCCAGGCGCCCAUGGGCCAUAAGCAAGUAAAAUCAGGUGUUAAGUAUGUCUGCCAAGGAACCUACCCGACAACAGCUCUCCUCUCGUUUACAGUACCAAUCCCAUGUUCCUGCGUUCUUGCAAAAAUUUCAGAAUAAAAUUCAAGGCAUAACAGACGAAGACGAGGAUGAGCCACAGUACUAUGAUGACGGUUCAGGACGUCCACCGAUACCUGUCCGUGCUGCGAUACCCCAACGACCCGACGAUGAUCCCGGAAGCGCAGACGAAGACGACGUUGAUGAAAGACCUCAAGUAGUUGUGCUGAAAGAGGGCAAGCAUCUCACAGAGAGGGAAGCAGAGAAUGAGAGGCGGAAGGAGAAAGGAUUGCCACCACUUCCUGAUCCCAACAAGAAAGUGGAGAAUGAUACCAAGGAUGAUGCGAAAUCAGAGAUGAAUUCUUCGAAGAAGAAGCAGAAAGAGGCUGCUGUCACUCUGUCGUUCUCUUCUUCGGGUGCGAAGGUCCAACAAUCCAACAAGCUCAAACGAAAGGUUGUCGGAGACUUGGAUGGCAGCGACGAAGGUUCUAUGAAAGCUUCGAAGAAAAAGUCGAAGAAAACACGGAAGGGACCGCUCUCAUUUGGAGAAGACGUGUAAUUUGAGUCCUGGGCGUAGUACUAUUUUGCCACCAGGAUAUACUCUUGCCUUCACCAUAAGGCGCGUUGAGAACUAGGAAGGACACAGCGCAUCGGCUAUCCUCAUUGCCAGAGGAACCCAUCACGAAAGCAGGAACGUUCAUUGGCAGUGCUUAUCUCACUCCCCGUUAUAGAACUAUAUGGACAUGCUUCCGAAUUUUAGCGACACAAAAUGGUCAUCGAGACUCGACAGAGCAUCAAGAAUUCACAAUGGACGCCUACAACCGCAUUGUUAAUACGCCACUCAACUUGUUCGUGGUUAUAUAGGCCAGGCCGGUCCCGAGGUCAAUCAAGGUUCUCGAAGGGGUUUGGUUCGUAUAUGUAGUACAUACCAUCACUAGUAGCACAUAAAAUCCGCAAAAUAUGACCUUCCUGAAUAAUCACGUGAUCAAACUCAAUCACCAAA